GCUGCGGAGCAUGGUGGAAUGAAUUUGAGUUCCAGAAUGCUGUUGAUCCUGUUGGUGCCUUUUCAAUGUUCAGAUGGCGUGAACUUCCAAGACUCUGAAUUGCGUUUGCUUGGAGGUCUAAGUUGCUUCGAUGUGACGAUUUGUUUGCCAAAUUGGAUGAUUUCUCUUUUUUCUUUUCAGAUUAUGUGUCUCUCCUCUUGUCUUGCAUAUCAUUAUGUGUCUCACACACACCAAAUGGAUGAACUCCAAGCCUAUUUAUAAGCAAUUACAACCAACUUAGCCACCACCCUAGGCAGCUAGACAUUUGCUGGGCCUUAGAUGACUUGUUUUAGUUGACUUUUUUCUUUCUUUUUUUUUACUAUGAAAUCUUCUUCAACUUGGCUUGUUCUUCCCUUGCACUGACUUAGACAGCAUAUUUCUAGCUGGAAGUUUCUUGGUUCUAGAUGUUGUCCAUGUUCUUGACUCUUCUUUCAUCAUGGUUAAGUGCCCAUUCUUUUCCUCAAGCUAUCCACCACCUAAGACUUUCUUUGAGAUUAUGUUAGUUGACCAGUUCUUGAGAAUUCUAGAGAAUGUGGAAAAUGGAUCACAAUUUCCAACACAAUGAUUAUCCUUUGUGACUGUUUGCUGCAAAUUUUUCAUCGUUUGUCAGUUUUUGGUUGAUGGUUCAUCUCAAUGUCACAUGACGUGGUUGCUUUCUUGUUGAAUCUCAGUUGAAUUUUGGGCAUUUUUGUGCAGAGUAUUUGGAAUAAGUAAGGUUCAGCAAUUGUAUUCAAGAGAUUAUUGUGCCGUUUUUAGAUUAACUCUCACGGCAACUAGUUCAAAGUGACGCAACUGGCUAAUUAACAUGUCGAUCGAUUUCCUCAAAUAACGUUAGCUUCUUCGGUUUAUUCGUCUAUGAUAGUAAAUGGGAAAAGCAAUAGGUAAUGCUUUUGAUUUUCUAGGCUGGUUGUCGCUUGGAAUGCGCAGAUGUAGCGCUCACAGAUAUGAGGUCAAGUCUCAAAAGAACUCCUACCCAGCGUAUUUCCUCUCUAUCCAGCUUGAGAGUAACAGGAAGAAUGUGAAAUCACUAAUGGUAUCAGAUUGUGGCAUGCCUUCCCAGUGUCUUUGACCUUUCAACCAAUGCACAAGCGUCGGAGGCGUUUUACUUAUGUGAUUCGGAUAUUGGGUGGAAUAUUUCAUAUGUUGGUGCCGUAGUAGUUUCGCCAAUGGUGAAGGUCAGCGUCCUCCAGGGUUUACGGCGCAUUCAUUUGUUACAAGCAGAACGACAUGCUUCCACACUGUGAGCUAUCUCAAGAGUGCUCUUGAGCGAGGAGGGAUAAGAACGUUUGUUGAUUUUACACUGGACGGAGGUGUAUGGUUCCGGCCAGCGAUCAACGAAGCGAUUGAGCAGUCGGAGAUUGCCAUUGUGGUCGCCCCUCAGAAUUUCCAUUUCUCAGCAUGGUGCCUUAACAAGCUGGUGAAGAUCAAUAAACUAAUGGAGAAGCGCAACCGGCGUUUUGCUCAGACUUCAACGGGGCGACUUCAAAUAUUCCAGUAUACUCGAAACAAUUAAAUGCCUUUUAAAUUCUUUUAAAAGGGGCAUAUAUUUACAUCCAAAAAUGACUCAAGUCAUGAUGGGUCGGUGAAGGGUCGAUGUUAACUUGUCGAUAGAGCAAAAAGGUAACAUGAUCACGAAUCGAUGAGUGGCCAAUGUAAUAUAGAUGCCACCUGUGUCUGGGUCAUUGAUGAAGAGUAGCACACCGGGAUGGUUUUCAAUGUAUGAUGACAUACGGUCUACUACAGUAGUAAGAAAAAUUGAAGAAAAGCCAAGCUAGAAGCCUAGAAGAUACCCUGAAGAUUAUAACCGCUUAUGGAUGAAAAAAUGUAUCUGAGUUUUCACCGUGAAGCCAAGAAUCUCGGAAGCAUUUACAAGUUGUAACUCAAAAGAUAACCGCACAAUGAUAGUUAUAUGUAGUCCAAGGAUAUAGGUCCAGGAAGCAUCAAUUAUAAAGGAUCCACAAUGGAAAACACUAAUCAAAAUUUAUCCUUUUCCAAUUUCCAGUCUAUUUAUUAGUCUCUCCUUAUCCUUUUAAUUAGCCUUUAGUUUUUUUUUUCUUUUUUUUUUUGGUAACCCAGGAAUCCCGUAAGCUGACAGCUGGUGAGCAAACCUUUAGGGAGCGACUGCAAGACCCACCACCACAGUACUCCAAUCUUUCGUCUGCAUACCCAUUUCGAGAAACUUUGCCGACAGCAGCAGCAGCAGCUUGUGACCCUGUCUAUGGCGAUCAGAUGGGAAGCCCUAGAACUGAAAUCAUUGGUCCCUUCGCCUUCUUCCAUCUCCGAGGGACUGCCAUCAUCCCCGUCGAGCACAAGGCCCGGCCACGAUCUCCGUCGCAGUAAUAGGGUUGACGUGGAGGAAUCAGCAUAUUCAGAAUGCUGGCUAUGGCAUCACCUCUUACAUCAACUUGGUGUGGUCAGCUUAGGAAACCUGAAUUUUGUUGUGCUUCUCAGUCUUCGCGGCAACUAGAAGUUGUCUCUACCAAAAGAAAUACAGCAAGGACUGUUCAUAGCACUCUAUCGAGGAAAGAAGGCAUGGUGGCUGCAGCCACUCAAUCCUUAGGAAGAGGUAGUAAAUUUGCUGCAAUUAAAUCCGUAUCGAAGGAGGUUUUUCCACAAUUGUCUUUCGCUAUUGCUUUUCUCCCAAGCUAUGACCAAAUUCUGAAGUUUGCAAUUGAGAAGUUCAAAUCCAUCAUUGGGAUUCAUGGUCAACGUCAUCCUAGGAUAAAUGACGUUUUUAUUAGUUACAAACGGGAUGACACGCUCAAUCCUGUGAGCCAUCUUAGGGGUGCUCUUCAGCAGAGGGGGAUAAGAACGGUCGUCGAUUCUACACUGGAUGAAGGAGAAGAGAUCUGGCCAGCGAUUGAGAAAGCGAUCGAGCUUUCAUAUAUCGCUGUUGUGGUUGUUUCUCAGAAUUACCAUUCCUCACCGUGGUGCCUCAAUGAGCUGGUGAAGAUCCUCGAGUGCCGAGAAAAAGGGGGUCUGAUUGUAUUGCCCAUUUUCUGGGGCAUUGAUGCAAGAGAGCUGCGAGAGCUGUCCAGUCCUUUUGUGGAGAAUAUUGGCCAAGGCGAAGAGGGUUUCAAGCAGGAGAAUCCACACCAGGUCCAGACGUGGAGAAAAGCUUUGCAAGCAGUGGGCGGGAUCAUUGGCUUUCCUGUUAAUGCCGGUUUGGAUAAAACUGAAGCUGAAGUGAUCAAGGUCCUUGCGGACAAAAUUGCAGCCAAGCUCAAGCGUUCAGUGUCAAACGUCACUCCCAUCCAGCCUGCAGUUAAGUCAGUAAAAUGAUCAACACCGUCUGAAGUGGCUUUGCGGGAAGAUGCACGACAUGUACUUAGGGAGAAAAGUUUUGCAGGAAGCUCUUCCAUUGCGUGCGCAAGAAUUAAGCUUGGUUGUGGGCUUGCGGGUGGUGUAGGAUGCAUUUAAAUAACAACUUCAGCAUCCAAUGCGCAAAUACUAGUUUUUGGAUGUUUUGAUCCCUAACUUUUUAAUUUGUUCAAUGCGAUCUAUAAACUUUAAUUUGCA